UCAGGAAGUUGACGUAUUUGAUUGUUCUGGUCUGGGUCCGUUGACUCCCGGUCCUGGUCCGCUCAGCCUCCUCCGGUCGUCGCCAUGGUGCAGAUGAUGGAGUCGCAGUGCGAGUACUUCAUGUAUUUCCCGGCGGUGCCCAUCACGGACCUGUCGGACCCGGCCCGGUACCGUAGCCUGCCCCGCCGGAGCCAUCUCUACCUGGGCGAGACGGUCCGCUUCCUCCUGGUGCUGCGCUGCCGGGAUGCUGCAGCGACACCGAGCGAACUGGGCCCCGGGGGCGCUGAUGCUGCAGCAGGCAGUUUUGGGACAGAAUCGCCCAGCAGCCGAGCCUGGAGGGAGCUGGCCGGCUCCCUGUGCGCCGUGGCCAGCGUGAGCCCAGGUGAGAACAGCCGUCACCGAGGCAACCACCACCAGGACUACCACAGCAGCGGGGACGAGGCCAACGAGGACGGCGAGGACGACUACAUCGCUGCGGCCGAAGCGGCCAUCGCGGCCCUCGGCAGCAGAGUGGACUCCCGGUGCCGCAGCUUCAGGGACUGCAAACCGCUGCUCAUCCACAACUCAUCCGGGUCGGCGCUGAGGGAGUUCCGCAGGGCGCCUGUUCAGUCUCCUCUGGACGAGCCGGUGGUUCUGACAGACGAAGUGAUCUUCCCUCUCACUGUCUCUCUGGACAAACUUCCUGUCAACACCCUGAAGGUCAAGGUCAUGGUGACGGUGUGGAAGAAGGAAGCAGAGAAGGUGGAGGUUCAGGAACUUGGAUACCUGAGCGUCCUGCAGCAGCGAGAACCGACACACACGUUCAGACACGACCUGAACACCUUCAAAGCUCAGGUAAGCACCACCCUGACCGUCCUGCCGCCUCCAGCCGUCCGCUGCAAGCAGAUGACCGUUUCUGGGAAGCACCUCGCCGUUUUGAAAGUCCUGAAUGAAUCUUCUCAGGAGGAGCUGAGUAUCCGGGACGUUCGGAUUUUACCCAACUUGAACGCCUCAUACCUUCCCAUGAUGCCGGACGGCUCUGUGCUGCUGGUGGACAACGUUUGCCAUCAGUCCGGUGAGGUCGGCAUGGCGACUUUCUGCCGCGUGGACAGCAGGGCCUGCCGCCUUCCCAGCAUGCUCGGCGCUCUCGAGGAGCACGACUUCCUCUUCCAGCUGCACCUGAAUGACGUUCCACAGGAUGACUCUAACGAGGGUUUUGAGGUUCCUUUGGUUGCGGUGCUGCAGUGGUCCACUACCAAGAUGCCUUUCACCAACUGCAUCUACACCCACUACAGGCUGCCCAGCAUCCGUCUGGACCGGCCCCGGUUCGUCAUGACCGCCAGCUGUCCCAGCUCCGUCAAAGUCAAGGAGCACUUCAAGGUCAAAUACGUUCUGAUCAACAACCUGCAGGAUUUCCUGGCUGUCCGGCUCGUCUGGACUCCCGAAGGUCGUGGUCGGGGGGAGGACACCGCGCUGGCGCCGGUGGUUUGUCACACGCCACUCAGCAACCUCGGUCACUGUCGCAAAGGAAGCACUCUGAGCUUUAGCGUCUCCUUCCAGAUCCUGAAACCAGGACUGUACGAGCUGAGUCAGCACAUGAAGUUAAAGCUUCAAUUCACAGCUUCGGUUUCCAACCCUCCCCCCGAUGCUCGGCCGCUCUCACGUAAAAAUAGUCCGUCCAGCCCCGCCGUGCGAGACCUGCUGGACCGACACCAGGCCAGUCUGGGUCGAUCCCAGUCCUUCUCGCACCAGCAGCCGUCCCGAUCACACAUCAUGAGGACGGGCAGUGCCAUGGAGCGCCGAGCUAUCACGCCGCCUGUCGGCUCCCCGGUCGGCCGGCCACUCUACCUGCCUCCGCAGGACAAAACGCUGCUGUCUGUGGACAAGAUCGCCAAGAGGGAAUGUAAGGUUCUGGUGGUGGAUCCAGUCGGCUAAUUUUCACUUGGAAUAUAAAAACAGGAACCGAACAAAAAAGUGUGAAACUACUGAACAGAGCUGGCUCUCCUACGUCUUUGAUGUUGGAUUGUCCUUCUGGAGACCUUCAUGGAGAAGCUGCUCCACAUUCUGAGGAACUAGUUUUUAAUGUAAUAUAUUUAUUGUUUUUAUGUAUUCACAGGCAGCUUCACAGAUCCAGAACAUUUCCUCAAAGUAUUAAGCUGUUUGCUUCUCAAGAAGUUCUGUGCAGGUUGUUACUAAACUGGGAGGCUGACUCUGGGAACCAGGUGGAGAACCUGCUGAAGCUUCAAAUCAGGACUGAGUUUUGUUUUCAUUGCUUUGAGGAUUCCAGGUCGCAGAAGUGGAGCCAAGUAUCAGGGUUUCCCUAUGAUUAGCACCAAGCUGCAGAGUUUUCCUGAAUCAGGCUGGAAAACAGAGUUGCUUUAUAGUGUUACCUCAGUGUUUCUCUAGUAUUUAUGGUGGAAGAUGUUACAGUCAGCUGGAGACAGCUUCAGUUCUGCUUCUCCAUCAUCUGUUUACAAUCAGCAGCUGCACCAUUCCUCUUCAGGUUACUGAAUGUAAAAAGAACCGGUUGGUCCGAUCCACAUGGUGGCUACGCUGGAGCUACUGCUGGAUGGACUGUUCUGUUCACUUUCUGCUGUGAUCUCUAAUAUAGUUAGAUGUUUAAAAGUC